AUGCGUGAGGCGAUCUGCAUCCACAUCGGGCAGGCGGUUGUUCAGAUCGGGAACGCCUGCUGGGAACUUUAUUGCCUCGAGCAUGGCAUCCAGCCUGACGGGCAGGUGCCCUCCGACAAGACGAUCGGUGGUGGCGACGAUGCCUUCAACACAUUCUUCUCGGAGGCGGGUGCAGGCAAGCACGUUCCGCGCUGUGUGAUGGUGGAUCUUGAGCCCACUGUUGUCGACGAGGUCCGCACCGGCACGUAUCGCCAGCUCUUCCAUCCCGAGCAGGUAAUCUCCGGUAAGGAGGUCGCGGCCAACAACUUCGCGCGCGGCCACUACACGAUCGGCAAGGAGAUCGUCGAUCUGGUCUUGGACCGCAUUCGGAAGCUCGCCGACAACUGUACCGGGCUCCAGGGAUUCAUGAUCUACAACGCCGUUGGGGGAGGCACUGGGUCUGGGCUAGGCUGCCUGAUGCUGGAGCGCCUGUCGGUGGACUACGGCAAGAAGACCAAGGUCUCGUACACAGUGUGGGCUUGCCCGCAGAUCGCCACGGCCGUGGUGGAGCCUUACAACACCGUUUUGUGCGUGCAUUCGUUGCUGGAGCACACUGGCGUCACUAUCAUGUACGACAAUGAAGCACUGUACGAUAUUUGCAGGCGGAACCUCGACAUCGAGCGCCCCACAUACACGAACUUGAACAGGCUUCUUGCUCAGAUCAUAUCUUCGCUGACGGCAUCGCUGCGCUUUGACGGCGCGCUCAACGUGGACAUCACGGAGUUCCAGACGAAUUUGGUGCCAUACCCACGCAUCCAUUUCAUGCUCUCGAGCUACGCACCAGUUAUCUCUGCAGAGAAGGCCUACCACGAGCAGCUCUCUGUGGCGGAAAUCACCAUGUCCGUGUUUGAACCUUCGGCCAUGUUUGUCAAGUGUGACCCCCGCCACGGCAAGUACAUGGCGUGCUGCAUGAUCCUGGCCGAAAAGGGUAAGUUGAUGCUGGCAGUAUCUGUCGACGGCCGUCUUUCCCCAGAGGCGGCGGAGGGCAUCAAGGCCAAGGAGGUAAAGGGGGUGGCUGUACCCAUGUCCUUGCCACACUGCUGCCGAAAGUCCAACCUCACCUACCGACGAAAGUCUGGUUUCGCGGGCUACCCUCCGGGGUGGAAGGGCGCCAACGGCACGUGGUUGACGCGGCUAACGAGGCCGCGGCGCGGCCCGCACGCGGGUGCUUAUGUUUGUGGAUUGGUGUCCUACAGGGUCCCCAGCUGGGAGGGGGUUCAGCGCCAGGACAUACCGGACAUGCCGGUGUUUGCUAUUGGUGGCGAGUCCUCCGACGACGACUCGCUGCUGGCCGUGGGGACGCAGAUUACUAUUGUUGGUUUGACGUCGGCGAGAGGCUCACCUCUCAAUGGCUUCUCCGGCACAGUCAUUAGCUAUGUGGAGGCGUCGCAGCGUUACGGGGUGCACGUGCCAGUGACAGGGGUCGAGGUGCUGCUCAAGCGGGACAAUCUCCAGACCUCACUCGUGGAGGAGCACUGGCAGACGGACUACGACAUUACUCACGACGCUGGUGUGCCCCGGGCCUCAGUGCAGGGGGCGCGGAUCUUAUUGCGCCGAUGCGGAUCUGCGAACCGCGUCAACGAGUGGAUGGAUAUCUAUAGGGAUUUUCUGAACCGCAGGCGGGCGUUGGUUAUGAACUGGGGUAUCUUUGUAUGGGCGUGCCUGGAGGAGGCAUCUAGAAUUGUUAUUGCGUGCCCCCGUGGUGUUGGCAUCCGUUACUCGCCGUCGCUGGACAAUUUGCGACAGCACAUGGCUGGCAGCAGCGGCUUCCUCACCUUCGGUGGUGGCGCUACCUGGACUGAGAAGCGGUUCUUGGUGCUACCGGUGGAAGACCGACAGGAGGCUGCGGACUACUCAUUUUCAAGGCUCGCCCCUGCAGAGGCUCUUGACCAGGCAGUUGCCGAGGUCGCGAUGGCCGUGCCUUCUGCGGAGGCCCAGGAGGGCCAGGGCUGCCCGGGAUCGUGGCAUUUGACGACGUGGCGCCCCGGCGUCAUCGGCUCCCACAUCUGCAGUGUCCUGGGGGCCACGCCUGCGCCUGUGCAGCCGCCCACUGUGGUGCCUGGCGGUGACUUGGCUAAGGUAAUGCGCGCGUGCUGUAUGAUCAGCAAUUCCACAGCCAUCGCGGAGGUGUUUUCCCGCAUCGACCACAAGUUCGACCUCAUGUAUUCCAAGCGCGCGUUCGUGCACUGGUAUGUCGGCGAGGGUAUGGAGGAAGGAGAGUUUUCAGAGGCCCGCGAGGAUCUGGCUGCGCUAGAGCAAGACUACGAGGAGGUCGGCAUCGAAACCGCCGAGGGGGAGGGCGAGGAGGAGGGCUAUGGCGACGAGUUCUGA